AUGUUCCAUUUGUUGAAAAAAGGCGUGGCUGCAUGGAAAGAUGCAGAUGAUGCGCUGGACGAUGAGGGUACCGUGGGAUGUCCCUCCGCUCAAUGCAGUCUGACGGUUCCCCUCACAAACUGCGAGCUCCCUGUGUUGGAUGGUUACAAGGGAUCCAAAUCUUUCCCAAUGCAGUUCACCAACACUUGUCGCCCUCCAUCAACCAGACCCUUGAACAACGCUAGACCAAAUCCAUCCACAGAAGCCUGGGCCUGGGCCAAUCACGAAAGUUACAUUUCUGCCACGCCCAUGCACCGUCCAAGUGAUUUCAGGCCUCUUCGCAGCAGCAUGUGCUUGCUCUUCUUCUUCUCACCUUUCUCCUCUUCUGCCUGCCCUACUCCCCUUUUUCUCUGUUGUGCUCGAGGGCAUCCAUUCUCGGUCUCAAUCAGGAUAGGAAAUCAGGGCUCUACAGGAACUGCUUAUCCUGUGACUCUGAGUUAA